AUGACACGUGACGACCACAGUGGCAGGCGCCUUGCGCGGGCGGAGGCACUGGCUCGCCACUAUGGGAACAAACACGGAAUCUUCUACGUGGACGCCUCCGGCCCUCACCAUGGGGGGUGGUACACGGCCGCAGUCGCCCAUGAAAACGUCGCGGUGAAUGGCCUAACAUUCAGAGCUCAAGACAUAACACACGCGGAGGAAGUUGCCAUCGCGCUAGCUGCCGCAGACCAGGACUCGCGCGUCAUCAUUACCGACUCGAGAGGGGCCUGCAGAAAUAUUGAACAGGGGUACAUUCCUCUCAUUGCGUCUCGCAUCCUUCAAAACAGUGACUACCUCGGGGCCCCCACGUCUCGAAUGAUCGUAUGGGCUCCUGCUCAUAUGGGCCUCGAAGGCAACGAAGCGGCAGACGCCGCUGCCCGCGCGCUCACUCUCCGGGCAACGCCUUCAGACCCUUCCGAAAUGGAUCCCGAACCCAAUCCGGCCCUAACUUUUCGAGAAAUUACUCAACUAUACCAAUUCGGCCACGCAAUGUAUCCUAAGCCCUGUAAGGGCCUUACAAAGGCAGAGGAACGUACACUCCUCCGCCUUUACACCAAAGCACUGCUGUGCCCGGCAGUUUUAAAGCACUUUGAUCCUGCCUGUACAGGAAAAUGCCCGCACUGUGCGGAGAAGUCUUCGGACAUCUUCCACAUGGGGUGGGCAUGCCAAUCAACCCCGAACCUCACCCCAAAACCAAACCCCACCCGGGAGGACUGGGAGGCGGCCCUGCUCGGCUGCUCCGACCUGGCGAAUCAGAAGGCCCUGGUCGACCGAGCACAAGCCGAAGUGGCCGAAAUGUCUCACGGCCAAGUAGGCCGCGAGCAGUUCACGACUGGAAGUGCCCUAUCUAAGCUCGACCUGCGAGAGCUUUCGGCAGAAGAGUGCGACAAGCUGCCCUGGACCAACUGCUGCAGCACUCGUCCGACGGCGACGUCCGAGGCGUCCACUAGGAGCGGCAGGAGAUCUGCCGCGGGCAUCGACGCGAUGGCCAAGGAAGUCCAGAACACCGACACCAAACUCGCUCUUCGGGCCUUUCACGACCAGGCCGUACUUCCGCAGUCGUUCGAACACAUGGCGCAGGUGAAGUGCGUCUUCGUCUGCUGA